AUGGGAGCAGGUGUGAAGAGAGAACAGAGUGGAUGGGGCCCGAUCAUCGUCAGCCCACCAGUCAAGCAGGUGGUCAGAAGAGAACAAUUAGGGAAAGAACAUCAGUUGAGGACGCAGGUGGGAGCUUGUGAGGAACAGACACACCAGAGGUUAGAUUUGAGGCUCUGCAACCAGACUAGAAAAUCACCCCACCAAGGUGCCCCUUGUGUGGAAUGCCCCGAGAACCUCCAGCCUGUGCCCAUCUCAGUUCCAACUGCCGUGCCAGGGAACCCAGGAUACCCUCACCUGCACCCACCUCAGCUUCAGCUGCCCUUCCAGGCGGGGGACUGUGGACGCCGGGGCGGCUGCUGUGGAUGGCUCACCCACUUGCCCCAGGCACUCGACGACACACACCAUUCCUACCGCAAGCACCGUGGCUCUUGCAGGAAGUGGGCGGCCCACACUCGGCCAGGGAAGCGGCUGCGCUUCGGUGCGGGUUUCAUCACGGACGCCCAGCCUCACCCCAAGCCCCUCCCCCUCUCCCGGAGCUCGGCCUGCCCCUCACACCACCAGCCGCGGCCCCGCCGGGAUCUCCGCACCGAGGCCCGGGCACUGCCAGGCCCUGAAUGGUCCUCGGCGGGAACGGUACCCACGGGCGGGAACCACCGUCUGGCCCCGGGGCGGCCGGGGUACCACCGUCCCCCGACCCGUCCGCCUGCUCACCGGGUCUCGGGUCUCAGGAGUCACACGAUCCGGCCGAGGGCGCGACGGCAGCGACCACGCCACAGCCAGCCCUGCGCCCGUCCCUCGGGUCGGCUUCCUCGGACUCUUGAAGGAAUAUGCGGCCCCGCGGGGUUCUGCAGAUUCGGCGUUCUCUCGGCCCGCACACUCGUUCUCUCUUUAAGCACACAGAGCGGGAAAACACGGGGCAGAGUCCUUCAGAGCCACGCCGUUUGGGCCACCGUGAAAGCAGGGAACCGCAGCCACCCCAAGCUACAAUCAAGGUCUGCUUCAACGUGGUUAUUCCCUAGAGAGGCCAGACCACUGCGAGUCCUGAGAGAGGGCACGGCCAGACCCAACAGAUGGAAGCUGCGAGGAGACCAAUUUAGACGUGAUUGGGGAGAAGCUGUGUCAUUCCACUGCUCCUGCCCAGCAGCCCAGACCCUGACCUUGUGGAAGUGGAAGAAGAAUCUCAAAUUCUGUCCUCAGGCAGAGCAGGCUGUCCAAAGGGAAUCUUCUGAUAAAGGAAGACCGCUUCGGGGAACAAACACACCCCCAAAUGAGAAGGCAUCAAUAUACCAGAGAAACCCACGCAGUCUGAACAGACACGGAGUUCUUACGGAUCGUCAGGUCCUCUGAGGUCGCGGCUGGGCUUUAAUGCUGGCCUUACCCUCAGUCUCCUGUAUUUCGUCACUGUAUCCCCACCUCCGCGGUCACAGCGGAACCUUCAAUAGCCUCAUGCCCACCGGCGAGCUUUUUGAGGAGCACCGAAGUGUGAGGAACUCUUUCGCAAAUUGUGUUCAUUCUUCCACAGACCAGGCCCAGGUAUUGACCUGGGACUUCCGUUCUCCUCUGUGUGUGGAUUUUCCUGACUUCAGACAAUUGUCCUUGGUAGGACCUCAGUGACAGCUGAUUCAGGAUCAGUGAUGAGCUGGUCGUAGCUGACGCAGGCCGAAAAGAAUUCCUAUAGUAAAUGUGAGAGUUCAUGCGGUUUCUCCAGAUGGGGCUUGGAGAGUUUGUUUCAUUAGUAGGUUUUUCAGACUGUCUUUGCUCUUCAUGAACGCUGGCAUGUCAUUUCCUCUUCAGACAAAACUUCUACCUCUGGUGCAUGUAGCUCUAUCGUGGGGUCUUGGGGGAAGCAGGCUAGCUUCAGGUGGAGGCUUCUGGCAUGUCAUUUUGCACCUCUGUGUCCUGAUAUGUCUUCUUUUACUGGUUUAUUUUGAUCAGUUUAUCUUGAGCAAGUGUUCCUCACUAAAGGCAGAUGGAUAGAGCAUUUUCCCCCAGAGGAGGCAGCAGCCACGUCUCCUCUGGGGAAGAAUCCAUGAUCGGUCUGGUUUGGAGGGCACCAUCAAGCACUCUACCCCAGGGGCCAGCCAGCAAGUGUGGGCAUCUGCAGGGGUCCUCUUCUGAUCCAGGUGAGCGCUGGAGUUUCCCCAUUCAUUUCCAGAGUCACAGAAGGCAGACAUCCUUGCGAGGGUUGUCUGAGCAAUGUCACCCUUUGCCAAUGGAAGGCCAGGGGCUCUGUCUAGCAACUUUAUGCAAGCCCAAGAUGCAAGAGAGCACAAAAUGGGAAGACUUUCUAAAAACCCUUUUUUCCUAGUUUUAGGCCUUUUUAUAAGACUAUGCAUGCUGAUUUUUGUUGGGAAAACAUGUUUAAGAAACUUACCCCUCUUGGGGACUGAAAUCUGUGUGGGUGGUUUAAACUGUCUGCUUUCUUGACCCACUGUGCUGGUGUUUGGAAGCAGUUUUGUUUUUUUAAAAUAUUUUUAAGAGAGAAAGUGAGCAAGCAGGGGAAGGGGCAGAGAGAGGGGGACAGAGAAUCUGAAACGGGUUCUGCUCUGAUAGCAGUGAGCCCAAUGCGGGGCUUGAACUCAUGAACCACAAGAUCAUGACCUGAGCUGAAGUCAGUCACUCAGCUGACUGCACCACCUGGGUCCACACUGGGAGCAGUUUUCUGUGUGGACCGCAUUGACCACACCGUCUCUCUGGAAGGAGCUCAUACUUCCUGUUGCAGAAUUAUUCUAUAGCAGUAACAAAAGUUCCUCUAUCUGUCAAAGGCAAUGUAAACUUCAUCUCUUCUAACACCUACAGCAGUUGCAGGGAAGAUCAGAUAGGGUUCUUUUUGUCUAGCGCUUCAAGUUUCCUUCCCCUCUUAAAUUAUUUAAGGCUGGCUUUGGUAGUUGCUUCCUAAAGAAGGUCAAAUUGUGGUUUCAGAUCCAUUUAGAAUUCAUAAAAGGAACAUUGGCUGAGCUGACACAUUCAUCUGGAACUCGAGGAAGGCUAAAGCAAAGCCCUAUUUAUACCCCCAUGUGUCCCAACAGGUUGCAUGUCCAAGCAACCUAUAGGCCUCCUAAAGUCAUUUCCAUUGUCACUGUGAUCCAGUGCUAACUGUGAUGUGGCACCUGUAAUUCUGACGACUGUAGCAGUACAUGCUGAAGAAACAGUGUGAAGGUAACACACUUCUCUUUCAAACUAGCUUUGAAAUCGUUAAGCCUGAGGAAUCUUGUACUGUCUGAAAUACUGGGAAGGAGCACACAAAGAUCCUGCCUCUUUCCAGACAUUGUUCCACUGGAAAUUAUCAUUUUUCACAGGAGAUAUUCUCGACUGUCCUUCUUGACAGUCUAAUGAUCUUAAUACUUUCCCUAUGGUAAGCCUUUUCUGGCGUUUUCUCAUUAAUGGCAGUGGGCAAAGCACGGUUCUCUCCCAGGGUCCAUUUGGCAUGGGAAUUCAAUGUACCGCCGCCAUAUUUCAGGGUCUAAGCACAGAGCCCAGGCCUAAUGUUUUUUACAGCCUUACUGAGGUAUAAUUGACAUACAAUAAACUUCACAUAUUUAAAGUGUA